AUGUCUCAUCCCAAUUUAUCCAAUGAUUCUGCAACCACUGUAACAACACAAUCACCAGAAAAAGAACAAGAAAAAGAUAUAGACGAAGAAGCAGUAUAUCCACCACCAAAAGAAACAUUAUAUGAAGAUGAUCCAAAUAUAGAUGGAGGUUACGCAUGGGUAGUUUUAGCUGCUGGUGUAAUGUUCAAUUUUUGUACAUGGGGUAUGAAUUCUGGAUUUGCAAUUUAUUUUGCUCAUUACAUUGCAAAUGAUACUUAUGAAGGUGCUACAAAAAUGGAUUAUGCAUAUAUUGGAGGUAUCGCAUUUGGAGUUGGAAUUAUGUUUAGUCCAGUUAUAAUAUAUAUGAGAGGUAUUGUAGGAUACCUUCCAAUCUUGAUAUUGGGGAAUUGUUUACAAUUUACUUCAUUAAUGUUAGCAAGUUGGACAACUAAACUAUGGCAAUUAUAUUUGACACAAGGGUUAAUGCAAUCAUUUGGAUUAGCGUUAUUAAGUUUAGUAAGUACACCAAUACAAGGAGAGUGGUUUAAAAAGAAAAGAGUAUUUGCGAAUGGAGUAGCAGCAGCAGGUAGUGGUUUGGGGGGUGUUGUUUUCAAUUUAGGUAUGCAAAAAGUCGUACAAGUUAGGGAUGUUCAUUGGGCAUUAAGAGCUCAAGCCAUUAUAGGGUUUGGAUUAACUUGGAUUGCAAUUUGCCUUAUACGAUCAAAAGCUUCUAGUCAUAAUUUAGAGUUUAAACUUUUUGAAGUUUCAGUUUUAAAAAAUGCUGGAUUUUAUUUGAUAGUGUUUUUUGUAUUGACUUGUAUUUUUGGUUAUGUUAUUUUGUUGUAUACUUUAGCUAAUUGGGUACAAACUUUGGGGUAUAGUGCAUAUCAAGCUUCAAUUGUCAGUGCCAUGGUUCAAGUUGGUAGUUUAUUUGGUCGUCCUAUAAUAGGACUCAUUUCUGAUAGAUUUGGUGGUACAACCGUUGCAUCAAUUGCAUAUAUAAUAGCUGGAAUAUUUUGUUUAGCUAUGUGGAUUCCAGCUAGAAAUUAUGCAUCUGCUGUUAUAUUCGCAUUAGUUGAAGGAGCAUUAAUGGGGACAGUUUAUGCCGUUAUCGUUCCAAUAGUUGCAAGAACUUUUGGACUUGCUAAGAUGAAUGUUGUUUUCGCUCAAAUAUGGACUUUAAUGGGUAUUACAGUCAAAGGUAGUGGAGCACAAGUAGAUCCAACAAGUUAUCAAAACUGUGCAAUUUUCGCAGGUGUAAUGUAUAUAGCAGCCGGUUGUUUUUUAUUAACACUUAGAGGGUACCUUAAAGCAAGAGAUCAUAUAUUUGAAAAAGAAGGUCAUGUUGAUUCUGAUUAUCAAGAUUAUACCUCAGUCACUGUACCUGUGCUAGAGGUGUUUAAAAAAGUUUUUGCUAAAAGCAGGGAAAAAGCUUAA